UCGAUCACAUAGGCUGUUUCUAUUGUGUCAAUCGUACGACGCGAAUGUUGAUUAUUGUCAGUGUUGAUUAUUGUAAUCACGUGGAAUUAUCAGUGGGCCAAUCGCGAAAUCGUGAACGACAAUCACCGUGGAACUUGCCGAUGGUAAAGGCACCACCGUAAAGCCGAUCGGUAGAAAUCUUUAAUGUCAACCCAUGUAUGGUUUCUCGUAUGCGAACUGCGAUUCAACAAGCUGUUCAGUAUGACUGAUACGCAAGAGUCGGAGAAGCAAGAUGACCCCAUGAAGAACUACGAAUUCGAUGGGCAAACUUAUAUUUAUACUGACAAAGCAACCAAUAUUACCUACAAGUUUGAUCAAGAAAAUAACAAAUGGAUAGUAAAAGAAGAUAAUCGGAAGAACUCUGAUAACAAGGAAAGUUCGGAUAAUAAGGAGAGUUCUCAUGAGACUGAAAAGAAGGGGAAUAUCGGUCCUGGAGUUAAUGCAUCUGGUAUCUUUGGCUUCGAAAAUGAUACUCAUACAUACACGGAUCCAAACGACGGUAGCAUGUACAUCUGGGACAAAGAAAAGAACGCUUGGUUUCCCAAGGUCGACGAGGAUUUUAUGGCCAGGUAUCAAAUGAGCUAUGGUUUCUCAGACACUAGCAUACCGCAGCCACCAAAACCAGAACCCCAAGCUCCAACGUCUGCACAGAAGGCCAAAGAUGAUAAGGAGCAGAGAAAAGCGGAAGCCAAACGAAAAGCUCAAGAACCCCCGAGUUGGUUUGAAGUUGACGAAGCACAUAACACUGCUAUUUAUGUGUCUGGCCUACCUCUGGACAUUACCAUGGACGAGUUGACGCAGCUCUUUACCAAGUGUGGCCUCAUAGCUAGGGAUGAAAAGGGAAGAGACAAGAUUAAGCUGUACAAGGAUGCUGCCGGUGAGCCGAAGGGGGACGCUCUCUGCACCUACAUUAAGGUCGAAUCGGUGGAUCUGGCGCUGAAGAUUCUGGACGGCUCGCAAAUUCGCGGGAAAACGUUGUCGGUUCAGAGAGCGAAGUUUCAGAUGAAAGGCGAAUACGACCCCGGAUUGAAGCCGAAACGGAAAAAAAAGGACAAGGAGCGGCAAAAGAAGAUGCAAGAAAAGCUGUUCGACUGGCGACCGGAGCGUAUGCGGGGCGAGCCGUUGAAGUGCGAAAGGAUCGUCGUCAUAAAGAAUCUUUUCGCACCGGAGGAUUUCGACAAGGAGGUCCAACUGCUUCUGGAGUAUCAGCAGGACAUCCGGUCCGAGUGCCUGAAAUGCGGUGACGUCAGAAAAGUUGUCAUCUAUGACAGACAUCCCGAAGGAGUAGCGCAGGUCACAUUCCGAGAGCCGGCAGAGGCGCAAGCCUGCGUGCAGCUUCUGAACGGCCGUUGGUUCAGCCAAAGGAAGAUCUCGGCAGAAAUCUGGGACGGCAAGACCAAGUAUAAAAUUACAGAGACUGACGCGGAGAUCGAAGCGCGACUGGAAAAAUGGGACAAAUACUUGGAUCAGGAAGAGGAGAAGAAACAGCAAGGGACAAAGAGUAGCAACGAAGCGCAAAAAGUGUCGCAAUAGAAAAUAUCAAGAAAAACGAUCGAUAAAAUCGCGUUCUGCGAAUUCUAUCCCUUUUUUUCUUAAUUUUCGAAAGUCCUCGUCGUCAUAUCGCGCUAAAUAUUAAAUUUCAGGUUUUUUCUUGGGGCAUUUUAAUGUGAACACCAUGAUUCACUGAUCCUGUCACACGCGACGACAAGGCUCUCUGAUUGUAAGCCAUUUGCAUUCUUCGUCGUCUGAAUCAGCGUUGCUAUUGUAUUAGUGCAUUGUUAGUCUUUGUUGCAAUAAUAAAGAUACCUCCUGAACCCGUA